AUGGCAGCUAUCACGGAUCUCUCCUUUAUGUAUCGAUGGUUUAAGAACUGCAAUCUGGUCCGCAACCUCUCAGACAAGUAUGUCUUCAUCACGGGCUGUGACUCGGGCUUCGGGAACCUGCUGGCCAGGCAGCUGGUUGAUCGGGGCAUGCGGGUGCUGGCUGCUUGCUUCACUGAGGAAGGGGCCCAGAAGCUUCAGCAGGAUACCUCUUACCGGCUGCAGACCACCCUUUUGGAUGUCACCAAGACCGAGAGUAUAAAGGCAGCAGCCCAGUGGGUGAGGGACCAAGUGGGUGAACAAGGCCUCUGGGCCCUGGUGAACAAUGCAGGUGUAGGCCUGCCCAGUGGCCCCAAUGAAUGGCUGACGAAGGAGGACUUUGUGAAGGUGAUCAAUGUGAACCUGGUGGGACUGAUCGAAGUGACCCUCCACAUGCUGCCCAUGGUCAAAAAAGCCCGGGGCAGGGUUGUCAACAUGUCCAGCUCUGGUGGUCGUGUGGCUGUCAUUGGUGGUGGUUACUGUGUCUCCAAGUUUGGCGUUGAGGCCUUCUCUGACAGCAUCAGGCGUGAGCUCCACUACUUCGGGGUGAAAGUCAGCAUCAUUGAGCCAGGGAACUAUCGAACAUCCAUCCUGGGCAAGGAAGGCAUGGUGUCUCGAAUGCGAAAGCUGUGGGAGCGGCUGCCUCAGGAGACCCGGGACAGCUAUGGGGAGGACUACUUCCGCAUAUAUACUGAGAAGUUAAAAAACAUGAUGCAAUUGGCAGAGCCAAGGAUCAGUGAGGUCACCAACAGCAUGGAGCAUGCCAUUGUUUCCCGGAGCCCCCGUAUCCGCUACAACCCUGGCCUGGAUGCCAAACUCCUCUACAUCCCAUUGGCUAAGUUGCCCACGCCUGUGACAGAUUUCAUCCUGAGUCGGUACCUUCCCAAGCCAGCAGACAGUGUCUGAGCUGGGGAAGUCCAGGGGUGGCUAGUGGAAUGUGGGGGAGGGAGAGGGAUGGGAAAAAGAACUGUAGGGUCGCAUGAGGUGGUUAUCAGGCAGUCAGGGGUUCACUUUGCUUGGCUGACACCCACUGCUGGAGAAUUUUUGAAUAACUUCUAGCUGAAGACAAGUGCCUCUUCCCACUUAUUGGGGCCUCACAGAAAGCUUCAGGUACAAAGACCUGAAGCAUGGCCCCAAGAACAUCUGUUACCCGUUAAGGAUAUGGCUUUUUCUGGACCUGGUAAUGUCAAGGGGAGGAAAACGAGUUCCUGCUGAAUCAUGAGACUCUCUCAGUUAUCAUCACCACUGUGAAAUAUUGCAGGAUAAUCUAGCGCACGGAAACAUCUCACCCACUUUCCUAUUGAAUCUCUCAAUAUGCAUUAACCUCAUUCUCACAACCCAUUAUUUGAAGUAUGUAGUAGGGCAGACGAGGAGUGCAAGAUAAUAUCAGGUAAAAGUGUAUAUUUUCUCUCUAUAUAAAUUUCUCUGUUCAUCGAUGAUUGGGAUUCACAUAAAAUAACAUUCAUUUAUUUAAUCAUCACUGGUUAAUUUUCAAAUAUUUAUUGGAUGCGUAUAAGAUACCAGGCACUAUAUAAGUGCUGGAAGGAUGUAGAGAUGAUUAAAUCAUGGUCUUGGUUUUUU